CAUCAAGCGAAUCCAUCAUCAUCGCUCCUUUCUCCUUCCCACGUUCCACGUUCUUAUCUGAGGGGACUCAGUCCUCUUCCUGGAGAAUCGGUGGCAGAGCAGAGCUGAGCUGAGCUUCCAUGGCGGGAGCGGCAGAGGACAAGGAGGAGGGCUCUCUCAGUCUCGCUGCUGGAGCAGAUUCCAAGUCCUACUUCUUGCAGAAGUUCUACCUCUUGGAGACUCUCUCGAACUUCUAUAUUAUAGGAAGAGACAAGACUAGGUCCUACUGGAGAGUGCUCAAGAUCAGUAGAUUAGAACCUUCGGAGCUGAAUAUUGUCGAAGAUCCAACAACAUACACGGAGCGGGAGUGCGCUGAGCUGUUGAAGCGGUUGCGAGAAGGGAACAAGGCCAAUGGCGGCCUCAAGCUCGUGAAGCGUUGUUAUGGAAUCAUUGGAUUUAUCAAGUUUUUGGGACCUUACUACAUGCUGCUCAUAACAGAGAGAGAGGAGAUCGGUACCAUCUGUGGUCAUUCAGUUUAUACUGUUACCGAGACUGAUACGAUUCCGAUUCCAAAUUCGUCUGUGCUGUCAAAUAUGGCUUUGUCUAAAGAUGAGAAAAGAUACAAGAAGCUCCUACGCAUUGUGGAUCUUAGGAAGGACUUCUUUUUCAGCUAUUCAUACAAUAUUAUGUUUAGUCUUCAAAAGAACCUUUGUGACAAUGAGACUGGACAGAUUCUGCAUGAAACAAUGUUUGUUUGGAACGGGUACCUAACACGUCAGAUCCGCAACAACCUUAGGAGCACCCUGUGGACGGUUGCAUUAGUUUAUGGCUUUUUUAAGCAGGUAACACUUUCAGUACUUGGCAAGCAUUUUAAGUUCACGCUGAUAGCAAGACGCUCCCAACAUUAUGCAGGUACCAGAUAUCUAACACGGGGUGUUAAUGAGAACGGCAAAGUAGCUAAUGAUGUGGAGACUGAACAGAUUGUGACAGAAGAUGUCUUCGGAGGACGCCCAAUCCAAAUAAGCUCUGUUGUGCAAAACCGGGGUUCAAUACCCCUUGUAUGGUCUCAUGAAAGUUCGCGGUUAAAUCUAAGGCCUGAAAUUAUAUGUAGGACCUGUGAAUUCUCUCAAUCAUAUCCCUCUCAUGUUAAGUUGCUUUUGACUGACUUUAAAUUUCAAUUUGCAGUAUCUAAGAAGGAUCCAAAGUAUGGCGCUACAAGGCUUCAUUUUGAAAACCUUUUCAGUAGAUAUGGAAACCCGAUUGUUAUACUGGAUUUAGUUAAGACGCAUGAGAAAAAGCCUCGAGAAAGUGUUCUUUCUGCAGAGUUCUUGAGGGCUGCCAGAGUUCUAAGGGAAGAUCUGAGCGAAGAGAAUGGCCUUGUGUUUUAUCAUCUGGAUCUAAACAAAUACUUCAGCAGUGGAGCUACAAAUGCAUUGUCACUUCUUUGCAAGAGCGCGAGAAAAGCGUUAGACUUGACUGGACUAUUCUAUCAUCACGUAGUGGCAGAUCUACAGCCAAAGGAAUCGCUAACGUCACAGCAGAAACCGGAAAUUGACAGCGAUAGCAGCAGCGUACAAGAGAUUUCCAGCAAAGUUGGAGAUAAAAAUAGCUCACAGAACAAAGGCAGCAACUGUACUGGUGAUGCUAGUGAAAAUCCAAGAAUCAAGCAACGGAUGCUCCAGAAUGGUGUUCUGAGAACCAAUUGCAUAGACUGUAUAGAUCGCACAAAUGUUGCCCAAUUCGCAUAUGGCUUGGUUGCACUUGGAAGGCAGCUUCAAGCUUUAGGACUUUCAGACGAUAUUGAGAUUGACUUUGAUAACCCGUUGGCUAAGGAUCUGAUGGAUCUUUAUGAAGCCAUGGGUGACACUCUUGCCCUGCAGUAUGGUGGUUCCGCAGCUCAUAACAAAAUUUUCUGUGAGAUAAGGGGUCAGUGGAAGCCAGCAACUCAGUCCCAGGAGCUUUUCAGAACUGUACAACGGUACAUCAAUAACACCUAUACAGACCCCGAGAAACAAGAUGCAAUUAACCUAUUUUUGGGCCACUAUCGACCGCAACUGGGUAAACCAGCAAUAUGGGAACAUGCUCAUAAUUCCAAUCAGCACCAGAAUGCUGGAGGGCAGAGAGUCAGUUAUGAUGAGUAUCGUAAUGCCAGUUUAUUUUUCAGAAGAUCAUACUCGGACGGUAAUAUCCUCGCUGGAAGUGAUGUGAAUCAAGUAUUUGAAAAUAUGUUUCAGAAGCCAUCAGUGGAGAUUGUUCGUGGUAGAACCCCUCUCUCAGAGUCAUCACCACAGAUCUCCACCGGCGAACUUUUAUCUCAUUGCAGAGAUACACCAUCAAUUGCCAGCAGUCAGCUUUUGCAGGCUAGCAGGGAUGACCAUGAGAGCGAUCCGGGUUGCAACAAUGAACGUGGAGAUGAUUGUGACUGUUCGGAUUUUAUUAAUUUAGACUGGCUUUCCUCAACCGAAAGCAUCUUUGAAGAAGAUGCACAUCAAAGAGGCUCAAUAUUCAGAAGGAAAGCAUCUGCCGCUUCUGAAUCCACUGUCAAGGGAGAGGAGAAGUGGAUAAUAUCAAUCCCCGGUGUGUCCAAGAAGUUCAUUAACUGGGUAGCAGACGGAGGAGCAUUGUUCGAGUGAUGUCCUGAAAUUUUGACAACAGUUGAGGCUGGCUUUAGUACAUAAUCAUCCCAUUCCAACCCAUCCGAAGGAUGCGAGUUGCAAGUUUGGAGAAUAAAGACCGUGCGACUAACUGCCGAACUGUAAAUUUUCGCGUUCAUUCAUUUCCAUUCAUUAGUCCCCUGUAGAUAAUAGGCUAAAUUUAAUCAUCGUAGGAGGAUCUUCAGUAAGCUCUCCAUAUUCUUUAGUUCUUUCUCGAGUUACGAAACUCUUUAUCUGUGCAAGUAUUUGUAAAUAUUUUUCGAUUAACAACUCUGCAUCGUGACAUUUGCCGUACAUAAAGAUUUAGGAAUCUGUUUAGGUUUUCCCCUCCGAU